AGGUAGUAUUCUCGCGAGAACUCUGGGAGGCGGCAGUGAUGGCGGCGGCGGGAACUGGACCCGGACCCGGAGUGGAUGCAGGACCCGGCCCAGCAGCAGCCGCAAAUGCAACAGCGGCGGAAGAAGGGGAGACAAAACCGGUGGUAGCGGUGGCAACUGCCCCGGCUGGAGAGGGGACAUCUGUUGCUCCAGUAACGGAACCCGGUUCUGGAGAGGCAGAAAGCGGGGAUGCAAAUUCAGUCGAUGUAGGUGGUGGUUUGGAGACAGAAUCCUCUAAUGGAAAAGAUACACUAACACAGGAAGGUGCUGGGGAUACUUCAGAGGUGAUGGAUACCCAGGCGGGCUCGGUGGAUGAAGAGAAUGGCCGACAGCUGGGGGAGGUAGAGCUGCAGUGUGGGAUAUGUACAAAAUGGUUCACAGCGGACACCUUUGGCAUAGAUACUUCAUCCUGUCUACCUUUCAUGACCAACUAUAGUUUUCACUGCAAUGUGUGCCAUCAUAGUGGGAAUACCUAUUUCCUCCGGAAACAAGCAAACUUGAAGGAAAUGUGCCUUAGUGCUUUGGCCAACCUAACAUGGCAGUCCCGAACACAGGAUGAGCAUCCGAAAACCAUGUUCUCCAAAGAUAAGGAUAUCAUACCAUUUAUUGAUAAAUACUGGGAGUGCAUGACGACCAGACAGAGACCUGGGAAAAUGACUUGGCCAAAUAACAUUGUUAAGACAAUGAGUAAAGAAAGAGAUGUAUUCUUAGUAAAGGAACAUCCUGAUCCUGGGAGUAAGGACCCAGAAGAAGAUUACCCCAAAUUUGGACUUUUGGAUCAGGAUCUUAGUAACAUUGGUCCUGCUUACGACAACCAAAAACAAAGCAGUGCUGUGUCUACAAGUGGGAAUCUAAAUGGUGGAGCCUCUUUUGGAGGGGGAAUUGCAGCAGGAAGCAGUGGCAAAGGAAGAGGAGCCAAGCGCAAGCAGCAGGACGGCGGGACCACAGGGACCACCAAGAAGGCCCGGAGUGACCCUUUGUUUUCUGCUCAGCGCCUUCCCCCUCAUGGCUACCCCUUGGAACACCCGUUUAACAAAGAUGGCUAUCGGUAUAUUCUAGCUGAGCCCGAUCCCCAUGCUCCUGACCCUGAGAAGCUUGAACUUGACUGCUGGGCAGGAAAGCCUAUUCCUGGAGACCUCUACAGAGCCUGCUUGUAUGAACGAGUUUUGUUAGCCCUACAUGAUCGAGCUCCCCAGCUGAAGAUCUCUGAUGACCGACUCACUGUGAUUGGAGAGAAGGGUUACUCCAUGGUCCGGGCUUCUCACGGGGUUCGGAAAGGUGCCUGGUACUUUGAAAUCACAGUGGAUGAGAUGCCUCCAGACACUGCUGCCAGACUGGGCUGGUCCCAGCCCUUAGGUAACCUUCAAGCUCCCUUAGGUUAUGAUAAAUUUAGCUAUUCAUGGCGGAGCAAAAAAGGAACCAAGUUCCACCAGUCAAUUGGCAAACACUACUCUUCUGGCUAUGGACAGGGAGACGUCCUAGGAUUCUAUAUCAAUCUUCCGGAAGACACAGAAACAGCCAAGUCACUUCCUGAUACUUAUAAAGAUAAGGCUUUGAUAAAGUUCAAGAGUUAUUUGUAUUUUGAGGAAAAAGACUUUGUGGAUAAAGCAGAGAAGAGCUUAAAGCAGACUCCCCAUAGUGAGAUAAUAUUUUAUAAAAACGGUGUCAAUCAAGGUGUGGCCUACAAAGAUAUUUUUGAGGGGGUUUAUUUUCCGGCCAUCUCACUGUAUAAGAGUUGCACGGUUUCCAUUAACUUUGGACCAUGCUUCAAGUAUCCUCCAAAGGAUCUCACUUACCGCCCUAUGAGUGACAUGGGCUGGGGCGCUGUGGUAGAGCAUACUCUGGCUGAUGUCUUAUAUCAUGUGGAAACAGAGGUGGAUGGGAGGCGCAGUCCGCCAUGGGAACCCUGACCAGGUCCCUCUUUCUUUGCAGCUGUGGACUUUCUGGGGAAUAAAUUGGGGAGGGGGGAUCUGUUUUUUUGUUUUUUGUUUUUUUUUUUAACUAUUGCAAACAUUCUCCCAAAGAUACCGCAGCACAGAGCCUCUCCUGUUAGCAAGUGAAAAGUGGGGGUGAGACUGGCAGAGACUGCCUGCCCUGCAGCGCGUCGCCCACUUCUGGUGACUGCUUCUGUUUUGUGUGCCAUAUGCCAGCGGCUGCUGACCCUCGGAUCCCAUGCGCUCCCUGUGAAACUGGUGCUGUCCAAUGUAUCCCACCAACUGGGACUCGAUACCUUGCUGUAUUUUCUACCGAAUGAAUAAUCUUAUCCAAGUAGCUAACUUAUUUAAAGACAUUUCUUUUUGUGAUGUGGAGUUCAUCCUAUCUGAUUUCCAAGGAAGUAAUUGGCUUGAAUCUGAGAACACCCGAAAUCUGUGGCUGUACAUUCCAGAUCUAAAAGGUCUUUCCUUUUGAUGUGGGUUUUUAUUCAUUUUGAAAUAUUUUUGAACACUGGGGUCUCUGGAACCACUAGGUCUGUAGAACUGUAAUUGUGGGGGAAAAAAAAAAAAAAACUUGCUUGCAGCUUUUUAGAAAUUCUUCCCAAAUAAAACUGGUCUUCAAGUGUGUGUGACA